CCGCUGAUAGUCGGGUAUAUAAACCUCAACUGUACAAUACUGAGACUUACUAGGCGUGGUAAACGCUGAAGGUAAGAAGGCAGGACUUUUGGUGGAUAAAUUUUUUUCGACAAUUUUUUAGACCUGGAGUGGAAAAAUACAUACAACUAGAUAGACGGUCAGGGUCACAAGCCUGCCAGAAUGGAGCGAGUUGCACCACCACCCGGGUGGUUUGCCUUCCUUGUACUUGUAUUUCUUGUAUCGACUGCGCAGUCUCAAACACCGUGUACACGGGAUGAUUUUACCAACAGCAACCAGAUAAAUGUCCAAGUCGAUGAAACGGACGUUCAGCCAAAUUUCAAUGAGAAUUACAGGGCUAAAUUACCCCUGUUUGGUACUGUUGGUCAAAAUGGAUUAUCGGUAGCUCUAAACCAAGCUAGUUCCGAUUUGUUUCCAAAUAACUACUUUACACUGGAAAGUGUUUCAAACAGUGGCAUUUAUGUCCGUUUGAUCAAUGCACUUGACAGAGAUGGUGGUUUGGAUGGAAAUCCUCCAGAAAGGAACAGUGUGACAUUCUCUCUCAGCUGUACAUGGAAUGGCCAAACAUCGACCUACAGUCUGACCAUUGUACUCAAUGACGUGAAUGACAACACUCCAUUCUUCAGGAACAUUCCAGGCACUGGGACAAUCUCUGAGUUUGAUGAUGGAAGGACUCCUGUGUUUACAGUAACAGCCACUGACAGGGAUAGUGCCCCAGUUAAUGGAGUUGUUGAGUACUCGAUUAUUAGCGGGCAAUCUUCCCAGAAGUUUAUAAUAGAUGUGAAUACUGGUGCUAUCAGUGUAAAUGAGAGGCUUGAUUUUGAAACACAAAGUUUCUAUCCACUGACCAUCAGAGCUGCUGACAAGGCUACACCAUCUUUAUCCACAACAGCUUUCUUCAAUAUCUCUGUGACAGACAAGAACGAUAACUCUCCAGCAUUUACGGUGUCCAACUGCCAGACGGACAGUAGGGGAUUUUGUGUUGGUGCGACAUAUACCACCAACAUUAUUUCUGGGAGCAACGUAAAUUCUCCUGACGGGACUGUACUAAGUAUAAGUCCAAGCCCAUUUGCUAUCCGGGCAAGAGACAAGGAUACUCUCAAUGCCCGAAUUAACUUCAAUAUCUUCAGAACCAACCCAAGUGGAUAUGAAAAUGCUUUCACAGUCAGUACAUCAACAUUUACAAACAAUGGUGAUUACACCGCCACUGUUAGACAGGUGCAGACAAUAAACAGGAACAAUUUAGCUUCUACCGAGGGACUUAUUGUUGUAACUAUAGAAGCUGUUGAAGACAAUGUUAUAAGGUACAGAUCAUAUGCUUUCUUGAAUGUGUUUGUCAACGUUGCUGACCAAAAUGCGCCACAACUCUCGGUUAUUGGUGGUGGCACGUCCGGUUCAAUCUCGGAGGAUGCCGACAGUGGGGAACUUGUAAGGCGUUCUAGCAGUUUCGGUACAAACAACUUCAUUCAGUUACAAAUUACAGAUAAUGACUACUAUUCUACAGAAGAUCUCCCAAACAGUUACACAAUAACAACUAACUUGCCAAACCUAUUUACUGUCAGUGACAGAUUUAUCGCUGUGUCCAACAACGCUGGAUUAGAUUAUGAAACGGCUCCAGCCAACCCAGUUAUAUUGGACGUUAUAGUUACAGAGCAGAAUGGUAUCAGGCGAAGUUCCACACUUACGUUGACAAUAAAUAUCUUAGAUGCAAACGACAAUGCCCCUGUUUUCCCUAGUUCUGCUUAUCAAACAUCAUUCCCGGCGGGUACUUACACAUUUGAUAACUUUAAUAACCGACCUCGUGACUUGAUCACUGUGGCAGCUUCUGACGCCGACACAUCACCUAGUUUUAGACAGAUCCAGUACAGUAUCGCCAGUGUAAGUGAUAAUGGAGGCAACCUAUUCACAAUAAAUCCUUCAUCUGGCCUUAUACAAGCUGAUGGAACAUUCACACCAACAUUGUAUACCAUCACAGUACGAGCUACUGACGGACAAUGGAGUACCCAGACUGCUGUGCUGGUAACUGUGACAGAAGUUGGAAUAUCACAACCAUCGUUCCCAGCUAACACUGUUAACAUCUUAAUUAGCGAGGGCGCACUUUCCGGAACAUCGGCAUAUCGAGCAGAUGCUACUGAUCCUGAUGGAGACGUGUUGACUUACAGCAUGAGCAAUCUUAACUUUAACCAGAAUCAAAACAAUCCAGAUUUUGUCAUUUCCUCAAGUGGAUUGGUGACUAUUCGUGCUGUUUCUGGUAAUCAGCAGACGAAGGUUUUGGACAGAGAAUCGUUCCCAGCUUAUGUUUACCAAAUAUCAGCGAGAGAUAACUCUUUCCAGACAGCUACCAUGACAUUGAGUAUUACAAUCACAGACAUUAAUGACAACUCUCCAUUCUUUAUCAAUGCUCCAUAUUUCUUCACAGUGAAUGAAAAUGAGCCAAAUAAUGUUGCCGUGGGAACUGUGACUGCCAGAGACAAUGACCAAGCUGAUACUCUAAAUUCACAAGUAUUCUACCAAGUGUCGUCUUUCGGCCAAUCAGGCUUGCCAUUCACAAUCAAUUCACAGUCCGGAGAGAUUUCCACAUUGUCACCACUGAACUAUGAAACAAGAAGUCAGUACGUCUUCAUUGUUGAGGCUGUAGACAGUCCUAUUGAUAGGAGAACCGGAACUGCAACUGUCACUGUCAAUGUCAAUGAUUUACAAGAUCAAGUGCCGUUGUUUGUUGAAACGAGUGUAACCGAGACUGUCAAUGAGAAUGUACCAAUUGGAACUGCUGUUGCUUUACUUACAGCUAUUGAUGGAGACAGUACUCCAAAUAUCGUGUACAUAUUGUCCGGGACAAACAGUGAAGAUUUUGCAGUGCAGAACUCGAAUGGAAUUGCACGUAUUACAGUUCAACGAAAUCUUGAUUACGAGACUCGUCAAACUUACAAUCUGUUUUUGACAACAUCUGAUGGACAAAAUAGCAAUAUUGCUGGAUCCAGUGCUUCUCUAUUUAUUAAUGUUCUGAAUGUUAAUGAGUUUUCUCCAGUUUUGAGCAUACCAGACACGGAUUUCAGUAUUGUUGAAACAACAAAUCUUGGCCGAGUUUUAACAACAGUCACAGCAACAGAUAAUGAUAAUCCAGCCAACAACAGGGGUGCAGGGAUUGUUUACACGAUUGAAAAUGUCUUUCCCACGUCGGGUUCGAAUCUCUUCACCAUGCAACCAUAUGAUGGGCGACUGUUCCUUGUGGGAAGUGUCCUCGGAGAUACAAGCAGCCCGUAUACACUAACAAUUAGAGCUAGUGACAACGAUCAAAACCCUAGGACUGAUACUGGUACUAUCAGGAUUACUGUGGUUCGUAACCAAGGACCACCAUUUUUCACUCAAAAUGGUAAUUAUUUUGCAACUGUGGAUGAAACCCUCGCUCCAAGUGGCAGUGUCUUGACAGUGUCAGCCCAGGACUCGGAUUCACAGGUUGAACCAGUGACCUACUCAAUGACGUUUCUCGAUAUUGGUUCAUUCUACUUUAGUAUUGAUUCUGCAAGUGGAAUAUUACGAGUAAGAAGGGAACUAACAACAGACAGUGCUCUUUCAUACAGCAUGCGAGUAGUUGCAACUGAUUCUGGUGGACUUUCUGCCACAGCCACUGCUGUGGUUCAAGUGAAUAGAAAUUUGAACACUCCAAUCUGGACAAGAACAAGUUACGCACAAACAAUAGAUGAGAAUUUCCCGCUACAAUCUCAAAUUCUUGCUUUGGCAGCCACCGAUUCGGACAAUCAAUCGCCUCACAACUCACUUAUAUACACCAUUGUAUCACUCAAUAGUAAUGCUGCAAACUUCUUCUCUAUCUCAAACACCGGAUCUCUGGUUCUUACAAGCAGCCUCGUCAAUACGAACAUUGAUACAUUUACGUUUGAGGUGACUGUCCGAGAUCAAGGUCAGCCGAGCCAGAAUACAGCUACUGAAAGAGCGACUGUUACUAUCAAUGUCAGAAGAAACGAGUUUUCUCCGUUGUUCUUCAACCAGAGCUACUAUCAGGUCAUCCUGGAAACGGCAAACAUAGGCUCGUCAGUCGUUACAGUGUCCGCCCAGGAUCAGGACACAAGUGCACAGUUUAAUCAGAUAACUUUCGAAGUAAUUGGCGAUGACCCAGCACCUACGUUUUUUGGUGUUGUAAAUGUAGGUGUAAACGGACGUGCAGAAGUUCGUGUUACAUCCAACCUCGCAAAUGGUAACCAGGACAGAUAUUUUGUAAGAGUUUUGGCUAGAGAUAAUGGUUCCCCAGCUCGAUCAGCCACUGCUGUUGUUACAGUAGAUAUUCAACGAAACUUCCAGGCACCAAUUUGGGUCGACACCUCAAAAUCUGUAACCAUACCAGAAGUUCUAGCUUAUGGCGUCACCUUCACUAAUGUUCAAGCAAAUGACUUUGAUUCUCAGGAACCACACAAUGUAGUGAAUUAUGGUCUAGUGUCGGCAACUUACAAUAACAUAAAUACACAAGUUGAUGCGAUAGCUUACUUCCAGGUCAAUCCAUCAAAUGGGGAUAUAAGUCUACGUCAGUCUCUGUUAAACGAUGACAAUAAUCCUUCUUUUUACACACUUACAUUGAGAGCAUAUGACCUUGGUACCCCAGAAAGAGAAACUGUACAAAGAGCUACAGUAACAGUGAAUGUUUUACGCAACAACAAUGCUCCUCAGUUUAUACGUACCCCAUACCAAACCACUAUCAACAGAGACCAGGGACUUAAUACUGAUAUAUUGACAGUGACUGCAACAGAUGCUGACUUUAACAGUCAAAACAAUCUUUUCGGUUUAGUGAGUUAUGAAAUUGUAGGCAUUAAUUCGGCCCCGAACUACUUCACCCUUGAUGCUACAACUGGUGUGAUCUCCCUUAGACAGAGUGUAGCAAGUGACACAGUCACCCAGUAUACUUUGAUAGUACAAGCGUACGACAAUGGUAUCCCGAGGUUAUACGACACUGAGACCGUUAUAAUAAAUGUCAAUCGUAACAAUGAGCGACCAGUCUUCCAGCCUCGUAAUUACGAAGUUACCAUACUAGAGACUCAAACUCUUGGUUUGUCAAUAGAAAAAGUCACAGCUACUGAUCCAGAUGCUCUCUUUGGUGGCAUCAACAAUGUAGAAUACUUUGCAACAGGCACACAGAGGGCGCUUGAAUAUUUCUUCAUAAAUCCAACUAGUGGAGAUAUUUCUGUAAGGCAAUCACUACAGAAUGAUGUCAAUACAGGGAAUAAUCAAUACACUAUGACUGUGUUUGCACGUGAUCAAGGAACUCCACAGCUACAGAGUGAUCAAUCUGCCACAGUCACAAUCAAUGUGAUUCGUAACAACUUUGGUCCAGUGUUCCAGGACACCCCCUAUAGAACAGAUAUUUCACAGAGUAUUAGCUCAGGAACCAGUGUGUACAGAGUAACGGCAACAGAUGCUGACACAAAUCAGUUCAAUAUUGUAUCAUACAGUAUUGUUGGUGAUAAUGAGGCAGUAUCUUUGUUCAGCAUUGACCAGAAUGGAAACAUCCGUACUAGAGACAGCUUGUUUGCUCGCUCGGAAGCUUCAUACACGGUGAGAGUAAUGGCUUCUGAUAAUGGUGUCCCAGCUCGAACAGCUUAUGAAGUUGUUGUACUAACCCUUUCAAGGAAUGAGAACACCCCACAAUGGACCAACCCAUCUAAUUUCGGCAAUUAUCAAGCCACUACCAGUGUGCUAGAAAAUGUUGACUUCAACACCAAUAUUUUCACUUUUGGUGCCAGAGAUAAUGAUGUUGCUGCGCCUUACAAUGUCCUGAAAUAUACAGUAGUCGGUGAUAAUCCCGCCCCGCUGUACUUCAGUGUUGCCGAGACAACCGGUGUCGUCACUAUUAGAUCAGCCCUAUAUGCAGACAACACUCGAAACCAAUAUAUUCUUCAAGUCACCCUUGGAGACCAAGAUGGAAGAGUUAAUCAAAAUACAGCAACUCUAACUAUCAAUGUCAUACGUAAUGAAAACACGCCUCAGUUCAUCAACUUGCCAUACAGUGUGGUAAUAAACGAAAACUUUGGAACAACACAGAGUAUAUAUACUGUAACGGCAACAGAUGCAGAUCCAAUUAAUACCUUUGAACGUGUCCGUUACCAGCUAACUGGUGAUGGCACCGCACCAGCAUUUUUCUCUGUCAAUGAAAUUUCAGGCCAAAUUUACAUCACACAGAGUUUGGCAAACAUCGCACAAGUGACGUACAAUCUGCGUAUAACAGCCUAUGAUAACGGUAUUCCUAGCAGAAGUAAUAGCACAAUUGUAGUAGUUACUGUUGAUCGUAAUCAAAACUCGCCAAUAUUUCAACCCAGGACUUACAGUGCCUCUGUUGCUGAUAAUGGAGUUCUUGGUUCUGAGGUGGUUCGGGUAACGGCCAAUGAUGCUGAUACUAUUGAACCAUAUAACACAGUUAGAUACUUCCUCCGGGCUAACGCUGGUAGUGAAUACUUCUUCAUAAAUGAAGAAACUGGUUGGAUCUAUGUAGCUAGAAGCAUUGCUCUUGAUACUCAGUCAUCUCCAAACUACAAUCUCCAGGUUGGAGCAUAUGAUCUUGGAACGCCUUCAAGGUCUGCCAACUUAGAUGCUGAUGUGUUUAUAACAGUAACAAGAAACCAGUUUCCUCCCGUGUUCUUCAAUGCACCAUAUUUUGCACAGAUUGAACAGACGAGGGCAGUCGGUGAAUUUGUUAUCAAGGUAACUGCGGAUGAUUCAGACACUGUUUCUCCGUUCGGAGAUGUGACCCUGCGGUUAAUUGGAGAUGAGCCUGGAACGACCUACUUCGCCUUUGAUCCAUCAACUGGAGAUAUAACUGUAAAUAGACAACUUACAUUGGAUUCAGCUUCAUCAUACCAGCUACGUAUAGAAGCCCGUGAUGGUGGAACACCGGCAAGAAGUGCAACUGCUCUUGUACAGAUUGGAGUCACCAGAAAUCUGUUUGAUCCAGUAUUUACACAACAGUCUUACAAUAGAACAAUAGAUGAAACUCAGCAGCUUGCAGAUAUCAUCCUGACUAUUUCCGCAAGGGACGAUGAUGUUUCAACUCCACAUAACGUCAUUACAUACACAUUAAAUGAUAAUUUCAACAACCUUGCUUCUCAGUAUUUCUUAGUUAAUUCAGCGACAGGUGCAGUAACUCUCAGGCAGUCUCUUCUCAAUGACAACUCUGACACACGAAGGUAUACAUUUACAGUCUCGAUCACAGACAAUGGCAUUCCACUACGUCCCAGUAAUAAUGUUGCCAAUGUUGAAAUCAAUGUGAUUCGUAACAUGCAACCUCCAUUAUUCAUUAACACGCCCUAUGAUAGAGAGAUGGACUACACAGAAACAAGUGGGACAACUAUUUUUACUGCUACAGCUCGUGACAAUGACAUUGCUCCCUACAAUGUGAUAACAUAUGACAUUAUUGGUGAUGGCGAGGCCACAGUUACUUUCAGUAUUGACCCUAACAGUGGAGCUGUACGUCUCCAACGUAAUGUUAUCCAAGAGUCUACUACAACAUACAGGUUAACCAUUCGAGCUCAAGAUAACGGAAGUCCGCGUCUAUCUGCAACAGAAACAGUGUUUAUUACUGUACGCAGAAACUUGAAUGAUCCUCAGUUCUCCGCAACAAGCUAUUCUACAACUAUCCUUGAGACUACGUCGCCAGGAACCAGCAUAUUACGUGUACAAGCUGUUGACCAGGAUGUUAAUGACCCAAACAAUGUUUUACGCUACUAUUUCGACCAGACCGUAACAAGGUUCAGGUUAGAGGCUACAACUGGCAAUAUUUAUGUGAAUACAAACUUGUACGGUGAAAAUACUGAAACUUUUAAUUACAAUGUAUAUGCUGAAGAUUUAGGAAGUCCAUCACGAAGAAGUGGUUUGAUCCCCGUAACAAUAACCAUUCAACGUAAUAACAACCCACCUGUGUUUAUAUCGGAACCAUACUCGGCCGAUAUUACCGAUGGCUUUGUCUCUGGUUCAAACAUUCUUAGGGUAACGGCCACAGAUGAUGAUAUUAUUGCACCAUUUAACUCUAUUAGGUACUCUAUAAUUGGGGACGAGGUAGCACCAAGCCUAUUUUUGAUCAAUAGUGCCACUGGAAUGAUCAGCUACAGGACCAACGUUAAUGUUGGUACUGACAGUACCUCAAUUUAUCAGGUGCGAGUCUUGGCCAGUGACGGAGGUAUCCCAAGUUUGACUGACACCACCGUGGUAUAUCUAAACAUUACAAGGAACCGAUUCUCACCAGCAUUUUCACCAACUCGGUAUGACCGGUUAAUCCCAGAAAAUCAAGCUCUUGGAGCCGAGAUUACAAGAGUUUUGGCUUUCGAUUCUGACACAGCUUUCCCAUAUAAUACUACUGUGUAUAGUAUGGUUGGUAAUGCACGUGCUGCCGAAUAUUUCCGAGUGGAUACAAACACUGGAGUAGUUUCCCUUGUGAAACCUGUGUAUCAGGACACAGACAGCACUGCCUACACAUUUACUGUAACAACUCGUGACUUGGGUACACCUUCCCGUGCUGGUACCAACACUGCAACAGUAACUGUGAAUGUGUACAGGAACCAGUUUCCACCUGUGUUCCAACAGACACCAUACAGUACAACCAUCAACAAAAAUAUAGAUGCUGAUACUUCAAUCUACGGAUUUACUGUCACUGAUGCAGAUACACAGAGCCCAUUCAAUGUAAUAACAGUAUCAACAAUAGGUGACGACCUUGCACCAACAUAUUUCUACGUUGAAACUGUAACCAACAAUAUUUAUAACGUACGUGUAAGGAAUGUGAAUGACCUGGCUGACGAUACUACCUCUCAAUAUCGGUUGAGACUAUAUGCUGUAGAUGGGGGUAGUUCUGCAUUUGGCUUUGGAUCGAGGACAGAUACUGAAGUUCUGAUUAUCAAUGUGAAUCGUAACACCUUCCCGCCUCGGUUCACUAACUUCAACAACAUUCAGACGACUAUUCAAGAAAAUACAUUCCCUGGCUCGUUCAUCGUUGAUCUAAAUGCUACUGAUAGUGAUAUUACGGCACCAGAAAAUACAGUGCGAUAUGAAAUAGUUGGCGAUGGUACUGCUCCAAAUUUCUUCUACAUAAAUCCAGUUGACGGGAGGAUUUCACUUCUGGCUUCAGUUGAGAACACAGUUACAAGCUUCUACAGGAUCCAAGUACGAGCAUAUGAUGGGGGAUUCCCACAGUUAUCUGAUACAACUUUUGUGGAUGUUAAUGUGAAUAGAGUGACAGAAACCUUGAGCUUCUUCUCUUCUAACUACGAGGAGACCAUUUCUGAGAAUGCUCUUGUUGCCUCAAGUGUGCUGAAUGUCCAGGCUCAACCAGGUCCGGGCAUUGUAUACUCUUUCCCAGGAUUCGUCAAUAGUCCAGAUUACUUUAACAUGUCCAGUACAACUGGUAAUAUUUUUGUACGCUCUGACCUUCGACUGGAUAGAAAUAAGGUCACAAGAUUCUCCUAUCAAGUGAUGGCAACACGCUCUUUCUCAUCUGGUGUACAAACAGCAUUCGCCACUGUGAACAUCAAUGUAUUGCGUAAUCUCAACCAACCUGCAUUUGAUAGACAGAUUUAUGAAGCAACAGUCUCGGAGUCUUUACCACUGGGCAGCAGUAUUAUUCAGCUGAAUGCCAAUGACAAUGAUGCCUUUGAUGUAUUAUAUUAUUAUGCACAACAGCAACAGUUUGGUUCUCCGAUUGACAAUUUCUACGUAGGACCAUUUUCUGGUCUGAUCUCACUGAGACAAGUUCUUGUUAAUUCUGGACUUAAUACAUACCAAUUCCUUGUGUUUGCUCGUGACCAGUCUCAGCCUGAGAAGACCGGAACAGCAACUGUAAGAAUAAAUGUUCUCCGUAGUUCUGCUCCUCCUACAUGGAUCAACAAUGCUCCAUAUUCGACAGUAGUCAACCUUAAUGCUGUUGCUGGAACUACAAUUUACACUCAGUCUCGUGCACGGGAUGGCGACCUACAGGGACAAUUACGGUAUGGUCUUACUGGCCAGUAUUUCUCAGCUGCGUUUUACUUCAUGAUCAAUGAAACAACUGGUGAUAUUAUGUUACGGAAUAACCUUGCUUCCGACACAUCAGUCUCCUACACUCUUGGUUUGUUGGUUUAUGACACUGCAUACCCAAGUCAGAUUGCAUAUACAAAUAUUACAAUCAGUGUGAAUAGAAAUCCAAAUCCUCCUGUAUUUGCUAAUCAAGCAUAUGAAAGAACAAUUACUGAGGAUUAUCAGCUUGGCCUAAGUUUAGUUCAACUAGAAACCUCUGAUGCUGAUGGGCAUACAGUAAGAUGUGACAUUACAAGUGUAACUGCACCAAAUGUUUUUAACCCACCUAACAACCUUGAGAGCUACUUUUACCUCAAUCCAUACACUUGCCUUCUCACAUUACGCGAUUCCUUGACAACCAUUGGGGUCAGUCAAGUGCUGAUUAAUGUAAGAGCCACAGAUGACGGCAUACCAACGAGAACGUCUAACUUCAAUGCUAGAGUAACCCUCACCAUUAUCAGGAAUGAGAAUGACCCAUUCUUUGUUAAUACACCAUACGAAACAACCAUCCCCGAGACAACACAACUUGGAACAAAUGUCCUUACAGUUACUGCUAGAGAUAAUGAUAAUCUUAACCAAGAUCUUACCUAUGUUCUGAUUGGAGAUGACAGAACAUCCACAUACUUCAACUUUGAUGGUACAACGGGACAAAUUACUGUAGCAAGAUCUCUCCUAGAAGAAAAUAGAAAUUUUUACGUUGGAAGAAUUGUUGCAUAUGAUAAUGGAUCUCCACCAAGAAGUGCCACAGUUACUGCUAUAAUCAACAUUAAUAGAAAUGAUAAUUCUCCACAAUUUGUCGACAGAAAUUAUGAAGAAACCAUUUUGGAGACAGAGAGUACAAACUUCCCUAUUUUGAGAGUAACCGCAACUGAUGAUGAUAGAGUUACACCCUGGAACACUAUAACUUACUCUAUCCAAAACUUCAAUGCAAACAAUCUGGUGAACACAUAUUUCGAACUUGAUUCAAACACUGGUGACAUCCGAGUGCGUAUCCCACUUUACAACGAUAACUCGGAUACUACUCCAUACACCUUUGCCGUGAUUGCCACCGAUGGAGGUGGAAGGACAUCGUUCCAGAAUGCUCAAGUAACCAUCAACGUGAGGAGGAAUUUAUUCCCUCCAGUAUUCCAAAACACCCCAUACAGGAUAGCUAUACCGUUCACGGUCAACAGUGGAUUUACAGUGUUUGAUGUUAAUGCCACAGAUGCUGAUACUGUGUCCCCUUAUAACCAGGUGACCUAUUCCAUUAUUGGAGAUGAUACUUCACAGAACAGAUUCUUCAUUAACCCAACUAGUGGAAUAAUAUCCACCAGUUCACAGGGACUUAUCAAUGAAGUUAAUUCAUUCUAUGUGAUUCGAGUAUUAGCACAGGACGGGGGUACGCCAAGAUUGUCCGCUACCACUACAGUAUUUGUUGAUGUAGAAAGAAACCUUAAUACCCCAUCAUGGAACCAACAGAAUUACACGGUCACUGUAAAUGAAAUUCAGGAGCUUGGAGUGACAAUUCUCACGCUGAAUGCUGUAGAUCAAGAUAUUAGGGAUCCAUAUAAUACCCUUGUAUUUAAUGCUGUAAACAACUUCGGAAACAGUCUUGCUGCGGAAUACAUUGGAGUGUCUGUAGAUAACGGAGCUAUCUACGUUCGUAAAUCAUUAACUCAGAUCGCAGUUGAUACCCUUGUGCUUGAAGUUUCUCUUCGUGACGAUGACCCGGUUUCACCAAAGGUAGCUGUAAGAAAUGCCUUCGUUACUGUAAAUAUAAUUCGCAAUGAAUUUAGCCCAGUGUUUAACGAUGCUUCAUGUGACGUGACAUUGGAACAACUGAACAAUAACCAAUUCUUCUUGACCACUGUGACAGCAACAGAUGGUGACAGUAAUGCUACACCAUUUGGAGUGAUACGUUAUGACAUAAUUGGAGAUGACAAUGCUGUCAACUUGUUUGAAAUAGAUGAGGUCAAUGGUCGAAUCAGUGUUGUUGGAAAUCUGGCAUCAGCUGGUGCUGAACUUUUCAGGAUUCGUGUACAAGCACGUGACCUGGGUGCCCCUGCUCGUUAUGGAUACAAAGUAUGUCAAGUCAGUGUUAGACAGAACUUCCAGGCACCUUUCUUUGUCAACAACUCAUACACAGCUACAAUCGUCGAGACCUUCAACCUCGGGGACACAAUCUUGACUACAACUGCACGCGAUAAUGAUCCUUUGGCUCCUCACAAUACAGUUCGGUACAGGCUUACAAGAGAUGCGGAAGACUUGGAAUGCUUCAUGAUCAACUCUGUAACAGGAGAACUGUCUCUCCGCAGGUCCUUGUUAUAUGCCCCAUGUGAAGCUUCAUUCUACUUUAUGCGUGCACAGGCUUACGAUUUGGGUGAACCACAACUUACUGGUGCAGAAGUGAACAUCACAAUAUUUGUGAUUGGAAAUGACAACCCGCCAUUCUUCGUAAAUGCGCCAUACUUCCGGACACUUGAUGAGAAUUUCGGUGUAGGAGAGUUGGUUUAUGACACUACAGCCAGUGAUCGUGAUACACAGGCACCAUUCAAUACACUUAGCUACAGCAUUAUAGGAGAUGACACUGCCCCAAGUCGAUUUGCCAUCAAUUCUGCCACUGGAGAUGUUACUUUAACAAGCAGAGUUGACUUUGACACUGCCACUUCAUACCAGGUGAGACUUCAAGUGAAUGAUGGAGGAACCCCUUCAAGGUCAAGCACGGCUAUACUUACAGUUACAGUAAACAGAAAUCUAUUCAACCCAGAGUUUAAUCCACUAAAUUACAAUGUUACAAUAUUUGAGGACCAGAUACUUGGAGAACAAAUAAUUCGUGUUUUCGCCACCGAUGAUGAUGUACGUGAUCCACACAAUGUUGUAAGAUACGAAGCAGUAGGAUCAAACUCUGGUAAUGCUCUAACGUACUUUGCUGUUCGCCCUGAUGAUGGUGUGAUUUAUGUUAGACGAUCCCUUAGAGAAGACAACUUCCUACAGUCAGAGUUUACUAUGUUUGUGCGUGCAUACGAUCUUGGUGUUCCUUCGAGAACAAGUGCCAACCAGGCAACAGUGAGGAUAUUUGUACUAAGAAACAACAAUUGCCCAGUAUUUAACAACUUGCCCGGUCAAAUUACAAUCCCACGUACUCAGAAUACUAAUGUGAGAAUCUUCAAUGUCUCUGCCACAGAUGCUGAUGCCACUGGUCGAUUCAGCACUUUAUCUUACAGCCUGAUUGGUGAUGAUAAUGCAGUUGUUUUGUUCAGAAUAGAUUCAAGUGGAUUCAUUUAUGUGCAGACAAACGGUCUUAUAGCAGAUAGUGAAUCUCUGUACAGAAUCCGAGUCAGGGCAAGUGAUGGUGGAUUCAUUCCAUGUACAAGAGAUGCUGUACUGACAGUAUAUGUAGAACGUAACCAGUUUGCACCAACUUUUGUUCCUAAUAACCUUUAUCAGACCACCAUACUUGAGACUCAUAAUGUUGGUUUACCUGUAUACACUGUGUCAGCUACUGAUGGUGACACCCAGGAACCCUACAAUACUGUUGGCUACUACAUAGUUUCUGGAUCACAGAACAGCGAAUUAUUCUUCGCCACUCCAUCCACUGGACAGAUAUAUCUGAGAACAAACAUUGUUGGAACAUCAAUAAACCAAUAUAACGUAUCUCUGAUAGCAUAUGAUGGUGGAUCACCGGCUAAAUCGGGAACCGCAUUGUUGAUUGUGAACAUCCUGAGGAACCAGGCUCCUCCUGUUUUCAUCAAUGAACCUUAUUCACGAGUGAUCGAUCGUAACCAACAAACUAACCUUAUCAUCUACACUGUUUCAGCUACUGAUGCAGAUAUUCAGGCACCAUUUAACUCUCUGGAAUAUGACAUCAUUGGUGAUGGAAAUGCACAAACGUUCUUCACAAUAGAUAGAUUUACUGGCAGAAUUUCACUACAGUCUUCUAUUUCUGGAGAUGCUACGGACACUUAUUAUGUUCGUGUGAGAGUCCAAGAUGGUGGCAACCCACGUUUGUCUGACACUUCUGUUGUAGUGAUCAGCGUAAACCGCAAUCUUUUCCCGCCUGUGUUUAAUCCUAGACAGUACAGUCGAACUAUUCUAGAGACACAAGCUGUUGGUUUAUCCAUUCUUACAAUUACUGCUACUGACGCUGAUACCACAGACCCUCAUAAUGUUGUAAGAUACGAAUUACGUGGUGACACGGAGGACCUUGAUUACUUUAUGGUAGAUGAUGUAAGUGGACAAGUGAUGUUGCGAAGAUCCGUCUACAACUUGGAUGCCAAUGCCCGUCAAGUAUAUACAUUCCAAGGAUAUGCCUAUGAUCUUGGGAAACCAAACUCACUUGAUACCAACAUUUUGGCUGACAUUACGAUUACUGUAAUAAGGAACAAUUUCCCGCCAUUUUUCGUCAAUGAACCAUAUUCUAGACAGAUUCAGGAGACUCACCCAGCCUUGUCCUCAGUCUUCCAGACGACAGCAACUGAUCAAGAUAACACAAGUCCGUAUAAUGUGGUCCGGUAUGAGAUGAUUGGAGACGACUCGGCACCAUCUUAUUUCUCCAUCAACGAUACAACCGGUUUGAUCAGACUUCGAGCCAAUACAAACUUAGAGUUUGACAGUACAACAUUAUUUGUGGCUCGAAUCCGUGCGUACGAUGGUGGGUUCCCGUCUCGGUCAGCCACAGCUACUGUAAGGAUAAGUGUUCUAAGAAAUUUGUUUAGUCCCAUCUACAAUCAUUCAUCUGCUGUAAUAACUGUGACUAUCCAGGAAACAGCUCCCGUCGGACAAUUUAUAUUUGACCUCGAUGCUUAUGACAAUGAUAGACAGGCUCCAGAGAAUGUUGUCUCGUACUUUGAUCAGAAUAGUUUCGAUGCAGAAUUCUUCUUCGUUAAUCCUAACACUGGUGUUAUAACUCUACAACGGUCAGUUCUUAAUACAAACAGGGACUUUUAUCAGUUGGCCGUUCGUGCUCAAGAUGGUGGCGUUCCACAGAGGUUCACUUCGAUAACCGUGAAUGUAAAUGUGAUUCGUGAAACAGAUGCAAUCAGGUUCACCCUUGCCACAUACUCUGUAACCAUUCCAGAGACUGAAAAUGUGAACAGUACAAUUAUUCAAGCCUUUGCAAACCCAGGGACACCUGUUUAUAGCGUCAUUGGUUAUGAACCAGGUAGUACAUACUUUGCAAUCAAUUCAGUUACUGGAAACAUUUUUGUACGAAGAGAUCUCCGAACUGACCCUUCAUAUCUGACCUUCUAUAGGUUACAAAUCCAGGCAGUUGCACAAGGACAAAUUACACAACAGGUAGCUACUGCUUUUGUCAACAUCACUGUGAUUCGUAAUGCUAACCCACCAAUAUUUACCAGAGACAAUUAUCAAGAUGUUAUUCAGGACACCCUCGCUGUUGGUAGUAGUAUCCUUCAAGUUACAGCCAACGACCGUGAUAACGAUGUUAUUCGUUAUACAGUAAUUGAUGGCACGGAGGCAUCAGAGUUUUUCUUCCUGAAUCCAUCCACGGGUGUUAUCUCUUUGAGUAAAUACAUGUACAAUAUUGGCGAGGAUCAGUACAGAUUUACUGUUCAAGCAAGUGACCAGAGGGUCAAUGUGAAGACAGAUCUGGCCGAUGUCUUCAUUCAAAUACAGAGAGAUCAGCAAGCACCACAAUUUAUACAAGAACCUUAUUCCGGUGUUGUCCGAGAAGUUGACAUUAACGGAACCACUAUUAGGCAGACGACUUGCAUUGAUGGGGAUCUACGAGGCAGAAUUGUUUAUCAGACGGUGCCAUAUACCGUAGGAUCUGCUUUCUUUAGUGUUAAUGCAGACAAUGGAAAUGUAUUCCUUUAUGAUACAGCUGCAUUGAGACAGCAUGCUGGUACUGUUUACACACUUCGUAUUGAAUGCUACGACUCUGCGUAUCCACUCAAUAAAGAUUUUGCUGAUGUAACUAUUACUGUACGACGUAAUAUUUUUGCACCAACGUUCAACUUCCCAACAUAUACCGAAACCAUCCCAGAAACCUACGGGCUUGGCAUUGAAAUUCUGCGUGUAACAGCGACUGAUUCAGAUGGAGAUAGGAUCACAUAUUCUAUAAGCGGAGAUCAGUUUGGAAAUACAAAUCGUGCAAAUGAAUACUAUUACAUUGGAGCAGAUACUGGAAUCAUUUACUUGAAAAAACCACUUACAGAAGGAGCUCAAAGUGAAGACAAUAUUGGAUUGGUGGCAUGUGAUAACAGAGGAACUGAUCAACAAUGUGGAACAUCUGUAGCCCGUAUUUUGAUCAUACGGGAUCAGUUCCCACCAGUCUUUACCAGACUUCCUUACAACACAGUCAUCAACCGCAACCAGCUUAUUAACAGUACUGUGCAGUUGACAACUGCUACGGAUCAAGAUCUUGUUGGCGAGAUCAGAUAUCUAGCAAAUGGAAUUUACCCAGCUCCACAGUUCUUUGAAAUUGAUUCUGUUACUGGAGUAAUCCGAUUGAAGAAUUCAGUUUUCACAGAUGCGCUACAGUCGAAUGUCUACUAUUUGGGACUUCUGGCCUACGAUACAGCAUACCCGAAUGUGUAUGGCAGUGCCACGGCAACUAUUUCAGUUAACAGGAAUCCAAAUGGUCCACUGUUUGUGAACCAAGUCUGUAGUGCUACAGUCACUGAAAAUAACCCAAUUGGAUCUUUAGUGUACAACUCAACUGCCACUGAUGCUGAUGGGGAUGUGUUGAGAUAUUACUUUGGUUCAAAUUUUGACCAAGUUGACCAGGAAUACUUCUUCAUUGACCCUCAAAAUGGUAACAUUCUCCUGAAAAAUCUGCUGACAUCUACAUCGGUCUCUGAGUUCCAGUUUACAAUUGUUGUAAGUGAUCAGAGCAACCCAGUGCGAACCGAUUCAAGAACGUGUCGUUUCACGGUAGUACGUGAUCAGGACCCACCAAUUUUCAUCAACACCCCGUACAGUGUGAAUAUUCUAGAAAACCGCCAGGUUGGUGACAACAUCUAUCGAGUAACAGCUACAGACAACGACUUGCGUGGUCAAAUUGUUUACGAUGUAUUGGCCAGUAAUUUCAAUGCCGCAUUCUACUUCUCCGUGGAUUCAGAUGAUGGUCAAGUACGUGUACGUAAUAAUUUGAGGACGGAUUCCACAGCAACAUCAAACUUUGAGUUGGUUGUGACAGCUUAUGACAGUUUGUCACCUCGCCUGGUAGCCACGGCAACUGUUACCAUAGAGGUUAUUCGUAAUCCCAGCACUCCAGUGUUUGAACUAACCUCAUACCAGACUACAAUAUCAGAAUAUUUCUCACUAGGACAAAGCAUCUUUAAUAUUACUGCGACAGAUCCAGAUAGUGAUAUUGUACGCUACUCAUUUAUCCGCCAAAAUGAUAAUUUUAACCCCAAUAUCAACAGAGGUUUGGAUUUCUUCUAUAUAUUGGAGAGCUCAGGGCUUGUUUACCUGAAAACGCCCCUGUACACUGACAGCUUAGAAGAAAACAGAUUCCAGAUGCAAGUACAAGCACGAGAUCAGAGAUUCCCUCAGGAGAGAUUUGCCUUGGCUCCAGUUACAAUCUUUGUCACACGUACACGCUCGCCACCUGUGUUCAGACAGACACCAUACGCGACUUCAGUUUCAGAAAAUAUUGCAUCAAGCUCCUCAAUCUACAGAGUUACUGCCACAGAUUCAGACUUGGAGCAAGAAAUAGAGUACAUUGUGGUUGGAGAUGAUAGCGCACCAUACUUUUUCCGUGUGGAUUCAAAUACUGGAGAGGUUUUCACAAAGAAUGACCUUAGAACAGGCAUUAGUUUCCAAUACACUCUUCGAGUUCAGGCAUAUGAUACAGCUUACAGAAAUCAAAUAGCAGAAGAGAUUGUCACAAUUUCUGUGAACAGGAAUGAGAAUUCACCAAGUUUCCUUCAGUCACCAUAUCGCGUAACAAUCAACGAAACCAUUGCUCUAGGAACCUGUAUUAUCACUGUUACAGCAACUGAUGAUGAUGGCGAUCGUGUGACUUACGCAGCUACAGGAGAGACUAACACGUUGAAUUAUUUCAGUCUUGGUGCAGAUACAGGUGUCAUCUGUGUCAGAGCUCCGCUACUUGGUGUUGCUCAAACUGAAUACAGGAUGACAAUUGUUGCCAAUGACAACAGCAGUCCGGAAAAAACAGGCUUUGUUGAAGCAUUCAUAACAGUAAUACGUGACCAGUUCCCACCUGUGUUUAUUAGACAGCCAUACAGGGAGACUUUGAAUGAAUUUGUUCAGACAGGGGCCUCUGUUUACACUGUUACUGCUACAGAUCAAGAUCUUGUUGGAAACAUUCGCUACAACAUGAUUGGUGACUAUCCCUCGCAGAGUUUCUUCCAGGUAGACAGUAUAACAGGUGUUAUCAGAACCACCAACAACUUGAGGUUGGAUUAUGGUUAUUCAUCAUCUUACAUUGCUCGAGUGACAGCAGUUGAUGAUGCUCGACCCAACCAAGUUGCAACAGCUACUGUUCUGUUCUCAGUUAUUCGUAAUCCAAAUGGUCCACGGUUCUUGCUGCCAAGCUAUGCUAAUACUAUUCCCGAGACAACUGCCAUUGGAAGUGUUGUACAGAAUGUGACAGCUUUGAAUUAUCGGGUGUGUGACAAUGGCUUACCCACACGAUGUGCCAAUACAACUGGAACCAUCAGUGUGGUCAGGAACCAGUUCCCACCGGUUUUCUUCAGCGAGCCAUAUACACGCAGCAUUGAGGAGACUUUCACAGUCGGUGCUACAGUAUUAUCAGUUACUGCAAGUGACAAUGAUCUAGCCGGUACCUUGGUUUAUGAGGCAAUCACAACCAGCUACCCAUUCGCAGUUGAACGCAACACUGGCGCAGUUACACUUGAAUUUGACAAUCUUUUCUAUGGACCUCAGUUUUACUCUUUCCGUGUUCAGACCUAUGACACAGCAGACCCGACAAGAAUUGAUGUCACCAACGUUAAUAUUUCCGUCAUUCAGAAUCCAAGUGGACCAAAUUUCAUCAAUGAUCCAUAUACUGUCACUAUCUCGGAUACAUACAGUGUUGGACGCAUAGUUGUUAAUACCACUGCAAUUGAUCUAGAUGGGGAUGUUGUACGCUAUUCUAUGCUUGGAGAUGCAUUGGCAGAAGAAUAUUUCUACGUUACUCCAGAUCUCGGAGACAUAUAUCUGCGAAAAUCACUUCUUGAUACAACCAUUUCCAGAUUCACGAUCUCGUUGAGGGCCAGUGACCAGCGUGUUGUGGAAAGAACCGAUGUUGCUCAAGUGACAGUGAAUGUAAUACGAGAUAAUAAUCCGCCAUUCUUCAUUAACGAACCAUACCAGACCCAGAUUAGCGAGAAUAUCUUCAAUACUAACAACAACAAUGUGAUCUACACCCGUGUGUCUGCUAGGGAUACUGACUUGCAGGGACAACUAAGAUACGAGGCUACUGGCAUUUAUCCAGCACAGUCGUUCUUCACGAUUGACUCAGAUGAUGGUGAAAUACGUCUUAUAAGGAGUCUUCGAGAGGAUGGUCUUAACAGGCAGUCAUAUAGUCUUGAGAUAAUUGUUUACGAUACAGCAUAUCCAAGUGCUCGUGACACGUCAACGGUGCUAAUUACAGUCAUUCGUGAUGAGGUAGGCCCUGUGUUCACACCAUCUGCCACCUACCAAGUCACUAUUCCAGAAACAACUCCAAUAGGUAGCAGCAUACUUGAUGUAGAUGCUGUUGAUCAGGAUGGGGAUGUUGUGACUUAUACACUUGUAAAUGGAACAGAUUCUGGUGUUAACUACUUCUACCUUGAUCGUGAAUCUGGAGAAAUUUCUGUGAGGCGAGAUCUUGUCAGAGACCCCUUCAUUACUCAAUACCUGCUAACAAUUCAAGCAAGAAGUCGAACACGAAGUGCCUUUGCUACAGCUAGAAUUGGCAUUACCAGACAGAUCAAUCAGUUACCAUUCUUUGUUAAUACACCAUACAGAAGGACAAUUACUGCAGUAUCCCAACGUUUGAAUGACACUAUCAUAUCUGUGUCUGCACGAGAUAAUGACCUUGUUGGUCAGAUACGUUACCAAACUGUAGGAUAUUUCCCUGCCACAGACUACUUCCGAUUGAAUGAAAUAAGUGGAGAUAUUGUAAUGUACAGAAGCAUUGUUAAUGAACAGUACUCAUCUCUCAUUUACGUGAUGACAAUUGAAGCUUAUGAUACUGCAUUCCCUACUGAGAGGGCUCGUGAAGAUGUAUAUAUAGAUGUAAUACGUAAUCCAAGCAGUCCCAUCUUUGAAGAUAACUUCUACGUACGUGAAAUAAGUGAGAAUGUAAAUCUGGGUACUCUAGUUUUGUGCUUGACGGCCAAUGACGCAGAUGGAGAUUUACUUUCCUAUGAAAUUACUGGCGUAAAUAAUCCAUUGAACAAUAAUGAUGUUGCCACCGAGUACUUCUUCAUGACAACAGCUGGAUGUGUGUACGUACAGAAAAAUUUGAACUUGGCUAUCAGAGAUACAUAUUCGUUCACAGCAAGAGUACGUGACCAUGCCUACCCAGAGAAAUUCGGAACAUCAACUGUACAGAUACAGAUUGAGAGAGAUCAGUUUGAUCCUCGCUUUGAUCUGACUGACUACACCGUGACUAUUCCAGAGACUUCACCAGUCAAUAGUUCAGUUCCUAUCAUAUCUGUUCGAGCAACUGAUCAGGAUAUUAAGAACCAGAUAUUUUAUCAGGCUGUAGGUGAUGGAUCGGCAUUGUCUUUCUUCAGAAUUGAUCAGAAUGGUCAAAUAUUUGUCAGGCAAAGUCUGCUUUCAGAAAGUGUAACUUUCUACAAUAUGCGACUAGAGGCUUAUGAUACCUUCUACCCAUUCAACAAAGGCUUUUCAAAUGUAAGAAUCAAUGUGAUUCGUAACCCAAGUGCCCCACGAUUCAGUCUGCCAAGUUAUGAAGUGACAAUUAAUGAAAACUUCCCUCUUGGAAAUGUUGCAGUAGAUGUUACAGCAUCGGAUCCCGAUAAUGACUAUUUGACCUUCAAAAUGAUUUCAACAAGUACAGAUGCUAGUGAAUACUUCCUGGUCAACUUUGAUACAGGUGAUGUUAUCUUGAGGAGGGAAUUAUUCCGUAAUCCAAAUAUCAACAGAUAUACGAUGAUUGUUCAGGCUAAUGAUAAUCGUGGAAUAAAUACAAAAUACACAAACGUCUCCGUGGUUGUCAAUGUUCAACGUAAUCAACCACCAUUCUUCAUUAAUGAUCCAUAUCGUGUUGGCAUAUCGGAGCGUCAAGCCCAGAACGAGCGUAUCUACCAGGUGACGGCUAGAGACAAUGAUCUGAUUGGAGACAUUGUUUAUACUGUUUUAGGUGAUUCAUUUACACCUGGAUAUUUCACAGUGAACCCUGACAACGGUGUAGUUACAGUCAUUUCAGAUCUGAGCCUUGAUCGAACACUCACAUACACUCUACGUGUUGGUGCAUAUGACAGUCUUGUUCCACGUGAAGUUGCCACGGCAACUGUUGUCAUCAGCGUAUCAAGAAAUGAAAACGAGCCGAUCUUCUUGGAAGAACCCUACUCUGUUAAUUUACCAGAAUCAACUACAGUAGGAACCAGUGUAUAUAGAAUCACAGCCAAUGAUGCUGAUGGAGAUGUCAUUCGUUACAGUUUAUUAGAUGUGAUCACAAAUAACAUUGCUCGUGAUCAUUUCUACCUACAUCCAGACAAUGGAAAUAUCUGGCUUGUUAAAUCUCUAACAGACUUUAGUGAAAUACAAAUUGGCAUCUCGGUUCGAGCUUCUGAUCAGAGAAACCCAGAGCGUGUCGAUGAUUCUGUUGUAGUAGUUAACAUCAUAAGAGAUCAGAAUCCGCCCCAAUUCAUAAGGGAACCAUAUCAAGUAGAAAUAAAUGAUAAUCAGCCCCUCAACCAGACCUUCUACACUGUGCGAGCUGUUGACCAAGACCCACAGGGCCCAUUGAACUUUGAGACAAUUGGCAUAUAUCCUGCUCAAACAUUCUUUGAUGUAGACCGUGUAAGUGGAAACGUUUAUGUGCGACGUUCCCUCAAGGAGGAUGGUGUAGCUCGCGAUCGUUACACCCUACGUGUAAUAACUUACGAUUCAGCUGAUCCUGGCCUCCGUGACACUGCUGAUGUCUUGAUCUCAGUUAUAAGAAACCCGAGUGUACCUCGAUGGUCGGAAGCAUCUUACCGUAGGACGGUCAGCGAAGAAUACUCGUUGGGUGUUCCAGUACUUACAGUAUUAGCAACUGAUACAGAUGGGGAUUCAGUAACAUAUGAUAUUGUGGAGGAUACAAUUGCAUCAAACAUAGCUGGAAGCAACUCUUUGGACUUCUUCUUUGUCAACCAAGUAACUGGAGAAAUCUACCUUAGACAAGCACUUACCAAUGCACCAUUGAACCAGUAUUCGUUUACAAUGAGAGCCAUUGACAGUGGUAAUCCAAGACGAAGCACCACUGUGUCUGUGACCAUUCUCAUUACAAGGGCAGUACUGCCAGUGUUUAUUAAUCUUCCAUAUUCCACAACGAUAGAAGAGGGAAGAAAUAACGCCUCACAGAUCUAUAGGGUCACAGCUACAGAUGCUGAUGGACAGGGUGUGAUGAUGUACAGUGUAAUUGGUUUGAAUACGGCUCCAAGUUUCUUCUUUGUUGGUAGCAAUGGUCAAGUGUUUAGUCGAGGAACAUUGAGAUCGGAUAGAGAUAUGGAAUAUGUCUUGAGAGUUGUAGCAUACGACAGUUUGACACCCAAUCAACAAGCAACAGCAGACGUCACAAUUUCUGUCAGACGUAAUGUGAAUGCUCCUGUAUUCCAACCUCCUUCAUACACGCAGACAAUACCAGAAGACACUGAAACUGGAUCUAAUAUAAUAAGAGUGACAGCCAGUGAUGCUGAUAAUGAUUAUCUCACUUAUUCAUUGACUGGUGAUUUGAACAAUUUAUGUGAACAGAUGUUCUAUAUACUCAACAAUGGAGAGAUUCGUUUACAGAGGUCACUCCUCAAUACUGGUGUUACAUCCUAUAAUUGUCGAGUUACUGCCAAUGAUAAUGGUUACCCUAGCAACAAUAUUGGAACAGCAAAUGUUGUUAUCUUUGUAACACGUGACCUUGCCACACCAGUGUUUACAAACAAUGCCCGUUACCAGGUAACCAUUAAUGAAGAUGAAGAUGUAGAAAACAGUAUCAUCAAGGUUACAGCUACCAGACAGGGACUUAUUAACCGAAUUGAAUACAAUGAUAUAGGUGAUUAUCCUGCCCCGAGCUUCUUCAAGGUUGACAUUGAUGAUGGUGAUAUUCGUGUAAGACAGAAUCUUCGUAAUGAUGGAAUCAGACUUGGUACUUACACAUUGCGAGUAGUGGCCUAUGACACAGGAGCUCCACGUCUGCAGGCAACGGCUGAAGUCUUCAUUACAGUUCUAAGGAACUUGAAUGGACCAAUAUUUAAUCCUCAAAUAUACAGAUUGACCAUUGAUGAAACCACACCAGUUCAGUCAUACAUACAGAAGCUAACUGUCUCGGAUCCUGAUGGCGAUGCAGUCACAUGUAGUUUACAGACGGAAUCUGGAAGUGUUAUUGGAAACAAUUUCCGAACAUAUUUCCAAGUGGAUGCCGACUCUUGUUUUGUCUAUGUCAAUACUGAUUUAGUGUCUGAUAACUCCGACAGACAGGAAUACAUUCUAACAGUACGUGCAUCUGACAAUCGUGAUCAAAACCCGCAAUCGAAUACUGCCACUGUGUACGUGACUGUACUACGUGACCUGAAUCCACCACGUUUCACAAAUCUUCCAUCUUCUAUAAAUCUGGAUGAAGAUACACCAACUGAGAGAUCUGUGUUCACAGUAACAGCUGUUGAUGAUGAUCUAGAAGGCCAAAUUGUUUAUGGAUUAGAAGGACAAUUCCCAGUUCAAAGUUUCUUCACUGUAGAUUCAUCUACUGGUGUAGUUACCCUGAGAAACAGCCUGUUAUCAGACACCACACAGAACACUAUCUACACUGCCAGAUUCACAGCUUAUGAUAGUGCAAAUAGAGGUCAAGUAGCAAGAGGUGACCUCUCCAUUCAAGUAUUGAGAAACCAGAAUAGUCCAGCUUUCAACCCAUCUAUCUAUAGAAGGACCAUUGCUGACACCUUUGCUGUUGGUACAGUUGUUGUGACUGUAACAGCUGCAGAUGCUGAUGGAGAUGCCUUGUAUUUCUCACAUCAAGGUGACAAUACUGACUUGGAGUUCUUCUAUAUUACACCAAGAACAGGAGAAAUUACAUUAAGGAAACCAUUGACUGAGACCACAAGAAACAGCUUCUCAUUCUCUGUCCGUGUUGUUGAUGACAGGCCAACAGGUGUUCAGAGAAGUGACCAGGCCACUGUUGAGAUAACUGUACUCCGUGAUAGUGCCCCUCCACGAUUUGUCAAUACUCCAUAUGUCACUAACGUUCGCAUUAACCAAGCUAUCAAUAGCACUGUAUACACAGUGAGAGCUGUUGACAGUGAUCUCAAGGGUGAUAUUAGGUACAGACUUGAUGGAUAUACACCUGGCACCAAUUAUUUCAAUUUGAACACCGUUACAGGAGAAAUCUUCUUGACUACAAGCUUGAGACUUAAUAACCUUGACCGUUACCAGACUUUUACACUUUUGGUGACUGCCUACGAUACUGGAGCACCUGUAGCUGAAGUCAGGGAAACAGUUUUCAUCACUAUCGAUAGAAACUUGUUUGCACCAGUAUUCGAUGAGUUGAGCUACGAAACCACGAUUUAUGACUUUAACCCCAUCGGAACUAGCGUUAUUACAGUGAAUGCAGAAGAUGCUGAUACUACAACCCCAGAAAAUCUUGUCAACUACGAUCUGACUGAUAUAUCCAACAACAAUUUGUUCAGCAACAUGUUCAGUAUUCAUCCAAUAUCUGGACUGAUUACAACAAAUAGACUGCUUACCACAGAAAAUGUCAAUGUUUACAGGUUACGUGUAACAGCAGAGGAUUUGGCCUACCCAGCUAAGUCGUCAACAGUACUUGUUACAGUUAAUGUAAUCAGAAACAGUCAAACACCAGUAUUUACAAACAAUGGACGUUAUGAUGUCACAAUUAGUGAAGACAAGCCGGUCCUUGAGUCAGUUGUCAAUGUAACGGCCAGAGAUUCCGAUGAAGGUGUGAAUGGAAUCGUCAGAUACAGCAUGGUUUUAAACAUCAACAACAACAACAACAACCAAGGGAUGGCAAAUGUAUUUGGCAUUAACGCAAACACUGGUGUCAUCUUUGCUAGAGUCUCCCUGCUUGAAAUAUCAGAAAAUUUGUUUCAGUUUACUGUAACAGCAACUGAUCAUGGUCUUGUACCUCGAUCAGCAGAGGCCCAGGUAGUGAUUCGUAUCCUGCGUGAAGGGUUACCAUCCUUUAGUGACAAUGAGUAUGAAGUCACCAUUCCAGAAGAUCGUAUUGUUGGUGCUCAGGUGUUCGACGUAGAUGCAAUUGAUCCUAGGGCUGGUAGCGUUCUGGUUUAUGAUAUUACUGGUGACAAUGACGCUAGCUCACAGUUCAGGAUUGAUGCUAAUACAGGUGUUAUCACACUAGCAGUGUCACAACUUAAUAAUGAUGUUGUCUCGUACUUGGUACGCGUUGUAGCAUACAGACGUGAUUUCCCAAAUGACAGAGCUUCUACAAUUGUACGUGUUUUCAUCACUCGUAAUGGAGCAGCUCCUGUGUUUACACAUGGAGAUCUUACAUACACCCUGUCGGAGGAUCAAGCUCUCGGAGUCUCAUUUGGUGGUGUUGAAGCCAGGGACAGUGAUUCUGGAAGAAAUGGUGUAGUACAAUACUUUAUCCGAGAAACAGAUGCUGUGCCAGAUCAGACUAUGACCUACUUCUAUGUCAACCCAACAACUGGCGUUCUCUCCGUUAAAUCACCACUUUCUGACGACACUGACCAACCAGAGAGAUAUACGUUCUACAUAGUGGCAGCUGACCAAGGUGUGCCAAGCCGAUCUACAGCUGUACGAGUAACCGUUAACAUCAGGAGAAACAGAAAUAGUCCAGUCUUCAGAUUAGACGAGUAUGAGGAAACAAUCAAUGAGUUCACAUCUGUCGGAACAAGCGUUCUACGUGUAGUCGCCGAUGAUGCUGAUAAUCAUCCAAUCACCUACAAUAUUCUGGCAAGCUCAUCUGGAAACUUGUACUUCGAUAUCAACCAAGGUAGUGGUGUAGUCAGUGUAAAUGGUAUUCUUACAGAGACUGGGGUCACCAGAUUUGUGAUGACAGUUCAAGCCAUAGAUAACCCUGGACCUAAUGCCGUUGCUCGAUCUGACACAGCCAGGGUGAUCAUCAACGUUCUCAGAAAUCCCAAUGCACCAAGGUUCACCGUUAACACUUACAAUGUUACCAUCUCGGAAUAUCUACCGGUUCAAGGCUCAGUUGUUAAAACUAAUGCCGUUGACUCCGAUCCAGCUAAUACACCAAGUGGAACACUGAGAUAUAGCAUUAACUCACAUAGUUACACAGCUCUCGAUGGCGAGGACCAGUUUGUAAUCAGCCCAACUGAAGGAACCAUCUACCUGAGCCGCCCACUUACCAGAGCCGGAAUACCAAAUGAAUUUACUUUAAUAAUAGCAGCUGCAGAUGGAGCUUCCAUACCAAAGACAGCCACUGCAACAGUUUAUAUUAGUAUAGUUCGUAACCAGUACACACCAGUAUUUGACAAAAACGAUUACAGUGCAUCAAUAUCCGACAUCUGGGCUGUUGGUCGUGACUUGUUCACCGUGAAUGCCGUCGAUGGCGACAGACAAGUUGCACUUAGCAAGGAUACACCGAAUGCCGAGUUGUAUUACUAUAUAGAUGAAAAAGAAUAUGCUUAUGAGAAUCAAUUCUUUGGUAUAAACAAUGAUGGUGUUCUCUAUGUAAAGGGAGAUCUCCAACAAGCUGAUGGUAGAAGCCAGUUUAAGUUUAUCAUCGUUGCUGUUGAUCGCAGUUGGGUACCACGAAGUAGCGGUACAAACGUUGUUAUUGACAUGACAUACACAGAAAUAGAAAGAAGGCUUGGAUUCUCUGUACCAGUUACUUACCUCAGUUUAAUAGAGAACUACGAUUAUGUAGCACAGCCUUUAAUUGCUACCCUUGCUGUGAGGAACAAAGUUAAUGAAUACACAUGCAGAAUUAUCUUUAUCAACGGACUAUCCAGAGGAUUUGACACCAACUCUGACUUCAAUUUGUUCUCGGUGACAACUUUACAGGGAGGUGAUUGCCGCUUAGAAGUUAAAGGCGUCUUGGAUAGAGAGUACAGACAAUUCUGGAACAUCACCAUUGGCUUGGACAAUAACCGUAAAAAGAGACAAGUAGAAACCGAACUUAUCCCAGUUUACCCAUCAUACCUGUAUACCUAUGUAUAUAUAACAUUGAUGGAUGACAAUGACAAUAAUCCAAGUUUUGUGUACCCUGUAUAUCCCUCCGUCCAGACUCUACAAGAUCGUAACUUUUAUAUUGGUGCCAUAUCUCUACUGUCUCAGGCUGUAGUUACCCCAGUAACACUUGUUGCAACUGAUCCUGAUCUAGGAGGCAAUGGUUUGAUUGAAUACAGAAUUGCAGGAAACAAUAAUGAAUUCAUUCCAUUUGGUGUUGAUUCCGCAGAAGGAACAAUAACGCCGAAACAAGAGUUUAUUCCUCGUGAUGCCAAACAGUACGACUUUACCGCUACUGCUCUCGACACUCCACAAACUGGCGAUCGACUUCGUGCAGAGACAAGAGUUAUUAUUGAUGUCAUCGAGGAUAUUAACCGCUUCAUUCUGGUACUGAACUCGCGCAACGCAGAUGUUAGUGACGAUAUUGAGGAUAUUCGUCGAGGUCUACAAGAUGAGAUUGGAAGAAUCGUUUUGAUAGAACGUGUAACCUACAAAAGAUUCCUCAACAGUGGCAUACUUGAGGUGGAUAAGGAGCGCACAGACAUAACAUUUGUUGUUGUCAACCAUCUUAACAGAGCGUACACCCUCUACGAGAAUGAUGCAAAUAAUAUUGAUAUCAUCACACAGUCUACAGGACCAUCUGUCACUUUGAUUAAUGAUCUAAGGGUAACAAUCAGUGGCUUUGCCAGUGUUGAUAAGAUCAGAGGACCAUUCGCAAAUGAGAACAUCUUGGGAGUCUCGGAUGAAUUGACUCUCAACAACAGAGCUCGCCCAACCAAAUCUUACGUAUGGUGGACCAAUGAUCCAUGGGCCGGUUUUGUUGCCUUAGCUGCCAUUAUCAUUCUUUUGGGACUGAUUGCCCUUACUGUCCUUCUUUACCAGUGGAACAGGUACAGCAAUUAUUUGAACAAUUACCGUGUGUACCAUCGUAACUACGAACACCAGCCAGACUUUACCAAUCCACCAAGCUUCCUUAAAGAAUACGAGACACAGACAUUGGAUAUGUACAUGCCCCCUGAUGAGACUGUUCAAGAUUUGGGAGAGAUUAACCUGAACUUUAACCGGAAUGAAUCGGCACGUCGUACUGGUGAAGUGACCCGUAUCACCACCAGAAACCCAGUCUAUGAUAACUCUCAAUACCAAGUUGAGUCUUACUCUACCACGACUCCACGCCAAACUGAAAUACCCGGCAAUGUUUACCACGUCACCAUGAGCCAAGGAAGCAGUUCUCGACCAGUUUUGACUGAUGGUGAAAACACCGUCGUCUACACGGCCAAUUAAUCUACACAAAUUCUACAGCAAUCUUCACACUAACUAGCUUCCAAAUACAAAAUUAUGAAAUUAAAACAUUUAAUGUAAUUAAAAAGUGACGGGUGAAUAAAAGAAAAAUAGAAUUGAAAGUAAUUUUUUAAUAGACAGUGAUAUCCAUUGAAAGUAGUGCUUUUUACUUGAAAAGAAAAAUUAUAACCAUUAAGUGCUGUGGAAAAAAAAGAGAAAAAUAAAUGACAAUAAAAAAGAAAAAAA